GUUGGUUUUCUUGAUGCGACCAACUUUAUUUCACGACAGGUCCACUAUCGCAUGUGAAAUGUGGCAUGAGAUCCGAUUAGUCUCUUUGCCAGACAUUUAUAGACAAGAAAAUAUAGUCUAAACAUCUGGCGUACAGGACUCCCUAGCGGCUACUACUAACUCACUAUUUUUCUGAGCCUGGCGGACUUCCUAGUUCGCAUGCCCUAGCGCCUUGAAGCUCCUCAUCAACGCCGUGAUAUAUUGUCAUCAGCCUGCGUGUGUCGUCAGUCUGCAGAAUUUCCAUCAAGAUGGCCUCCCCGGAAAAGCCAGUCGUACACCAGGAUAGUACUUCCGUGAGUCAGGAUCCACGAAGGACAAUUUUUGUGGUUGGUCUAGGGAUGGUGGGGAUAGCGUUUAUCGAAAAGAUGCUCACCUUGGAUGAAGCCAAACGAUACCGAUUGGUGACAUGCGGCGAAGAGUCCCAUGUGGCGUACAAUCGUGUCGCACUCACAGACUAUUUUCAACACCGCUCCGUCGAGAAACUCUAUCUAAACCAAGUGGAGUGGUAUACUCAACAAGAUCCAGAGCACUUUCUUUUCCAUACUGGAGAACGGGUCACCUCCUUAGACACUGUCGCCCAUUCUGUUACGACCAGCAAAGGGCGCAAUAUAAGUUAUGAUUACUGCGUUCUUGCUACUGGCUCCGAAAGCACUCUUCCGUCAUAUGUUUCCCCAGUCAGGGCUGAGCGAGCCCAGGGAAUAUUCGUUUAUAGAAAUAUCUCUGAUCUCGACAAAAUAUUGUCGUAUUCCGAACAAGAACACGUUCGAGGUGGCCGAGCUGUUGUCGUUGGAGGCGGUCUCAUCGGAUUAGAGGCUGCGAAAGCAGUGUUUGAUCUUGAGACAAUAUCAGAAGUCGUGAUCAUCAACCGUCAAGUCUUCCCACUGUCGCGCCAACUUGAUGACGAAGGUGGAGAAAUUGUCCUUCGACGGAUUGAAGCCAUGGGUGUACGAGUCCUCACUAGGACGUCUGUCAAAGAUAUCAUCACUUCAGAUGGAGUCUUGACUGGCCUCACUCUGUCAGAUGAUCGAUAUCUUAAGGCUGAGAUGGUCAUUCAUGCUAUUGGCAUCACCCCUCGAGACGACUUGGCCCGCCAGGCGGGCCUGAAAUGCGUUGAGAAGGGAGGUGUAGUCAUCAACGACCUGUUGCAGACCAGCGCCCAAGACGUCUAUGCAAUCGGCGAGUGCGCGAGCUGGAAGGACAACACGUAUGGUCUCAUUGCACCUGGGGUGGAGAUGGCUGACAUCUUAUCAUUUAAUUUCACGCAAGUUGAGACUGGCCUCGGUGGCUUCAAACCAAGGGUAAUGAAUAUGCCCGACCUCUCAACAAAGCUAAAACUGAUGGGAGUCGAUGUUGCCUCCUUCGGUGAUUACUUUGCCGACAAGCGCAGUGCACGGGGUGUCCUCACCAGUAAGGUGGCGGUUGCAGAGCCUCUUACUCGAGACAAAGCCCAGAAAUCCAUCGACGGGAAACCUACUGCAUGGCAGAUAAGUCCUUCGGGAAGCACUCCCAGCAACAGAGUGAAGGAAGGCGAAGUUGCAAUCAACACUGUCACUAUGGGGAUGAAGCACGGAAGCCGCCGGGCUGCACUGGAUGGUCCUAUUGAGUGCUUGACUUAUCGUGAUCCGUUCUCGUGUGUUUAUAAGAAGUACAUCUUCACCGCCGACGGCAAGUAUCUAUUGGGUGGCAUGAUGGUUGGUGAUACCUCCGACUAUGUGAAACUCGUGUCCUUAGUCAAGAAGAAGAAAGAGCUAGAGGAGCCACCUUCCAAAUUCAUUAUUGGAUCAGGCUCUAAAGGCCCGGACGAUGGCGCUGACCUCGACGAUGACACCCAGAUCUGUAGUUGCCAUAAUGUCACGAAGGGCUGUAUUAGCGAAUCUGUGAAAGCUGGUGUUACCACUCUGUCAGACCUGAAAGCAAAGACAAAAAUUGGUACUGGAUGCGGUGGGUGUGUGCCUUUGGCCACAAACAUAUUCAAGGCAGAAAUGAAGAAAGCAGGACAUGCUGUAUCGAACCACCUUUGUCCCCACUUUGGUAUAGCCCGACAAGAGCUCUUCAGCAUCGUGAAGAUACGCAAGUUGAAAACAUUCCCAGAGAUCAUGGAGGCUGCUGGUGUGAAAAAAGAUUCACUUGGCUGCGAGAUAUGCAAGCCGGCUAUUGGUUCCAUCCUGUCGUCAUUGUACAAUGAGCUCGUGAUCACACCUGUACACCACGCCAACCAGGACACCAACGAUAAAUACCUUGCUAACAUUCAAAGGAAUGGUACAUUUUCUGUUGUUCCUCGGGUUGCUGGAGGAGAAAUCACGCCGGACAAACUCGUUGUUCUUGGACAAGUUGCAAAUAAAUACAAUUUGUACACCAAGAUUACAGGAGGGCAGCGCAUCGACCUCUUUGGCGCUAAUAAGCAAGAUCUCCCCGACAUCUGGGAGGAACUUGUUGCUGCAGGAUUCGAAAGUGGACAUGCUUAUGGAAAGGCCUUGCGGACUGUGAAGUCUUGCGUUGGUACCACAUGGUGCCGCUACGGAAUCGGUGAUUCUGUCGGAAUGGCCAUUCACCUUGAAGAGCGGUAUAAGGGCAUUCGUUCGCCUCAUAAGAUCAAGGGCGGCGUGAGUGGUUGCGUUCGAGAGUGCGCCGAAGCACAGUCCAAGGACUUUGGCUUGAUUGCAACUGACAAAGGAUGGAACGUUUUCAUCGCUGGAAAUGGUGGAUCGAAUCCGAAGCAUGCAACGCUAUUUGCUAAAGAUGUUCCUCCGUCAAAGGUGGUUCGCAUCCUUGAUCGUUUUCUAAUGUACUAUAUCCAUACUGCGGACAAGCUCAUGAGAACUGCGAGAUGGGUUGAACAGUUUAAUGGUGGUAUUGAGCGACUCAAAGCAAUUCUUCUUGACGACGAGCUCGGCCUCUGUGCGGAUCUGGAGAGGGAAAUGAGCGAGCUUAUCGGAUCUUAUGCAGAUGAAUGGAAAGCUGUGGUCAAUGAUCCUGCAAGGAGACGUCAGUUCCGUCAGUUCGUCAACACUGAUGAACGUAGCCCUCAAACGGCAGUCAUCACAGAGCGAGGGCAGGAACGUCCAGCGGACUGGCCGAAACAGUUGCCUCCCGCCAAACUUGGUGAAUCAGUCAUCGUUACUCCCAAAUCUGAAUGGGAAUGGCGGAAGUUGGCCACUGUUAACGAUCUUAUGCCAACUGAUGAUGCUACCACGUCUGCUGCUGUCAAAUAUGGUGACUCGCAGUUGGCUAUUUUUCACAUUCCCAAGCGGGGCUACUUUGCCACGCAACAGAUGUGCCCACAUAAGCGGGCUUUCGUGCUCGAUCACGGAAUUGUUGGCGACGACCUGGAUGGCAAUCUCUACGUUUCAUGUCCCUUGCACAAACGAAACUUUCGCCUUACGGACGGUAAAUGUUUGAACGACGAAGAUUUUUCCAUUAUUCCGUUUGAUGUGAAGCAAGAAGGUGACAAUCUCCUCGUGCUUCUCCCCGAUUCAGGCAACUUGGAUGCAGUCAUUGGAACAAGCAAAUGGAUGAUCAAACAAGCAACGGUAGAGGUUUCUUCACGCGGUGGUGAAGGGAUCGAAAUUGCCGGUGUUGGAAUGGGUACACCUGAAAGUGGGUCUACGUGCACUGGGGGACAAAGUUUGUGCAGUGGUGGAAAUGCAUCAUUGGAUUGGUGAUUCGAUGGCACCUGCCGUUAUUUAUAUUGGAGAGUCAGAGUUGGUAAUUUUGACACGAAUCAGAAUCGACGAUCCAGCGUCAAGUUAUUUCGUGGCUUGAUCGUGUGAACUGUGGUAAAAGCUAGCUUGUAAAGCACGCCGACCGCGGACGUGCGUUGGCGAGUUGAUUCAUG